CCAGUUGCAACUUCUGAGAGACGCAGGUCCGUACAAAUUGACUGCAAUAAAGUUUGUGUCAAUUCUAAUCAAUUUUUCUCAAUGUUAUUGAAGGGUGUUAAGUAAUCUUUACUAGGAUUCUAACACACAACAAGCUGACCACUGUUUUGAAGCUUUAGCCAAGAGAGCUUAAUUAUCUUGGCUGUCCAUAUAGAACCUGUCCAAAAUUAUUCUAUAUAGAUACACAGUUUAAGUAAAAUGGAAGCCACUUAAUGAAUUAUAUGAAGGCAUAGCAGUUAUAUGCAUUGGGCCACGACGACAACGAUAAUUCAGUGUGAUUUUUAUCGUGCGUGAAGUAGACUACACCGUUUAUAAAAAAAAUUUCUGGACACUAUUGAUUUAAGGUGACAAAUAUGUUUAAAGUGCCAAGUGGAAAAGAAACCAGGUGACAGGAUGCUGCCAUUUGCAACACGAAACCGAAAGCUGGUUUUCACAGAGGGAGCUACAAGCUACAGUGAAGGAGCCACAGAAAUGAUCUCAAAUAUUAGCAAAUCCACAUUCCGUUUAAGACGAAUUCCGAUCCAAGCAAAAUGCUUUGUGUUUGUACUGAUAAUAAUAUGUAUAUAUCUAUAUGGGAGUAUUUACUUGGCAUGGGGUCAGAAUCGGCUAACAAAAGAGGACUUCUUAGAAGUUCAUAAAUGCCCAGCAUGUUACGGGCAGACUUUCUGCUUCAGCUUAUUCGACGAUCAGUUCGAUCUUUCAGGGAUGUCGAAAUACGAGCUUUUUGAUGCAAUUAAUGUAAAAAAUGUUCAUUAUGCUAAUCACAAAUAUCAGGGACAUCAAGUGGUUCUUAAAAAACUUGCCCAUGAUGAUGAGAUUAAAAUCAUAGACGAUAGAUUAUGUAAAGACGCUUUUCGAGACCCAGGUUGCGAUUUAGCACGGAGAAUGGUUGUUUCAAAAACUGGUAAAGAUAUUCAGGCUAACGGCCUAUUGCCACAGCAUUUAAAAGAUACGACAUUCAUGUUUUUCUGUGUGACACAUAAACUGAUUGAUAGGGUGAUGGAUAGAUAUCCAGUGAUAGGCAGUAAAGGGGAUCAGAUGUCAAUGGAUGAUAAACUUCAGAUCUUGUACACUGCAGAAGUAAAUCCAGAACCUCUUAUGUUGCUGACAUUCCCUGCAUCGGAAGGUUGGCCAUUUCCAGAAUAUUACGGAGCUUGUGGACGGUAUAUCGUAGAAGAAUAUAACGGAAAAUCUCUGGCAGACUUCUAUGAUGCUCCUUUUGAAAAAAGAGCAGAUUUGGCCUACCAGAUGCUGAAGAUGGCCGAUAGGCUAACGUCAGAUCCUGAAUGGAAUUUAUACUGGACAGAUCUCGCUGCAGGAAACUUUGCUGUAGAUCCAGCAGGCAAACUGACGUAUAUAGAUGCUGAAAAUAUUGUAGUUGUUGACAAACAAGCUUCAAAAAUAGCUAAUAAGGAGCAUUGGAAUGACCUGUCGGAGUCGGUAUUUGUUGAAUGCGAGGACGGGCACACGGACUGCCUCUCUUUUGAUGUCGACAAGAUGUGUACUCACUAUUUGUGCGAUCAUAAUUACUAUGCAGUGUGUAGAAAUAUGUUGUCUAAAUAUGCCGAUGAUAGAGUGAAUGGAGGAAUACCACAUUUGUUACACGAUAUGCCACCACAUGCCAAUGAUGACUGGGAUUUGGACAAUCUUCUGAAUGAAUGUACGCGCCCUCACCAGUCGCAGGGACGUAUUAAAGCUGCACACAAACUACUUCAGGCGUUAGAUCAUCUCAGAAACAUUCCAGCUCAUAUUAUACCUGAUACAAAACCGGGACAUGCGAAAAGAAUUCCGGUUGUUUGAUGUGUUUGCAAGCGACUGUAUUCAGUUUUAUGGGGACUUGGGGUCUGUUAAUAAUGUUGAUUGGCCUAAGGGUUUGAUUGCAAAUUAGGGAAUCUGGUGCUAUGUAAAAUAAGGAAUGUAUAUGUAAAAGAAUGCAGUUAUCACUUUCUCGUGCAAUUCACAUUUUCAUCAGAUUAAGCAGUGAGUUUUUUUCAGAUUUUAGGGGAUGUUACUGGUUCCGGUAGAAUAAGGGAAAAUGUGUUGUUACAGUUUUGGGAAAAAGAACAGGGUUGCCACCUAUCUUGAAAUGUGAGGGAAAAAUGAUUUUUUUUUUCAAGUCAGUGAAUUGUCAGGGAAAUCUUGAUAAUGUCAGUGAAAAAUGAAAUUUUAGAAAAGCCAGUGAAAAAUCAGGGGAAAAUGAAAUUUUGGGCCGAUUUGUAAACUAUUCAGUGGCUAUGGCAGUCUUCAAGCAGUAUUCAUAUGUAUUUCCAAACUCAUUUUGGUGUAAUUGUGUAUAAACAUAAUUUAGAUGUGUUUAAUCAAUUUCGUUAUUAAGUUAACUUUGAAAUUUUUGUAUCAUUAAUGAAAGUUUGUUAUAUCUGAAGCAAAAUAAAUAUAACAGCGUGGAUUGGAUGGCUGUAGGGGAGGAGGAGGCCGAAAAAAUAUUGUGGUAUUUGUCAGUGAAAAGUACGGUUUAGUAAGGGAAAAGUCAGUGAAAAGUCAGGGAAUUUCAUUUUCUCAACCAAGUGGCAACCCUGAUUUAAGAAACUGAUGCAGAAUAGCUGUGGGUGGGGAAACAAGUGUGUUACUCAGUGGUUUUGGGGAUGACAUUUUGUAGAUCUGGUGUUGAUAGUGCAAAUAAUUGCUGUGUAAGACUAGAAAAAUUGCAUAUAUUUUUUUAAGGUUCCAGUAUGAAGACUAAGCCAAAGCAGACAGAGUUAGAUACCUCUGAUUUUUGUGUGCAAAUUGUCGAUUAACUGCUUUUAAGUUCAAUCGGUACGUCAGUUUAUGGAGGAAAAAAAUAAUCAGCAAAAUAUUUUUUAAAGGAAGGAUGAAAAUGUUCUUUUAAACAGCUGUUUUGGGAGAAAAAAUACUGAGAACUCGAGGAAAGCCCUGACUUUUCCUACAUGUGUUCUUUGUUACAGAACCUACAGAUUUGUAUAGUCAUUUAUUGGUUUUGGUUCAUUUAGAUUAUAGGCAAAACUGAGUGAUACAGAUUCCCUUUGUCAUAUUUGCUGACCAGAAACGCAAAUUGUGUUACACAACUUCCAUAUACAUGUAAGAAAUGAGUUCAUUGGCAAGAGCUUCUUUGCUUUCAUCAAAGAACAUUAACAAAAAAUAUUUACAGUAAUGCCUUUAAGUGCCUUAUAUGAAAUCAACAUUUUAAUGUAACACAAAUGGCUUUGAAUAUAAAAGACAUCUGUCGUGUUUAAUUUAUAUGAGUGCUGCAGUGAGGGGUUGCUGUAUUCAAGUCACUUGCCCCUCAACAAUGUGGGUUCGAGCCUCACUCGGGGCUUUGAAAUCUUCAUGUGAGGAAGCCAUCCAGCUGGCUUACGGAAGGUCAGGAGCCCAUUUGUUAUGAAAUAAUGCACGGAGGGGCACCUGGGGUCUUCCUCCACCACCAAAGCUGGAAAGUUGCCAUAUGACCUAUAAUUGUGUUGGUGUGACGUUAAACCCAACAAAAAAAUUGGGUGCUGCAGUUCGAAAUCUAAUGUUAGGGCUUUGCGACCAUUACAGGUGCAGUCUGUUUUCUUAUCAGUUUACAAGAGCUGAAAUUGACAAAUGAACAGUAUGGAUGUAUAAGUUCUGUAGCUGAAAUAUUGUGUGAAUUAGCAAUACAGUGUUAAUCUGCAUACGAAAGAGUGCUUAUUUCUUGAUGCAAAUCUUAUAUUUCUUGUAUUUUGUAAGCAUUUACACUUCUGAAUAUUAUAUAUUAUUAAAUGGUAUUGAUAUAAUUAGUUUCUUAGCCUGAGUAAGGUUAAAGAAAUAAUUGUUAAUGAAUCUUUUAACACAGCGACACACGUGAUAACUUCGUCACACAUUACGUUUCAUGCAAGAUGAAAUUUGAACAUCGGUAUGAAAAGAUAUUGAUGUUUGAGGUUCCAUUGUAACUUACAGAAUUUAAAAAUGCAUAAUAUGUUAUGACUACUAAUAUUUAAAAUCUGUAUGUUCAUUACAUUUUGUUUGGUUGUGACAUUAUAUGAGCCGCGCCAUGAGAAAACCAACAUAGUG